CAGACCUUUCCUUCUCUUCAUUAUCAUCCCUUCCCACCGUUCAACUCCAUUAUAUAUUUUCCCCUCGGCGCCCCCCCACCCCUCCUCUGUCCUUCUCUGUAUACGUUCCCUAGAGAUCACCUUUGUUUUCCAUCUCUCCUUUCAACUACUAACCCUUCAUUUGAUCCUUCUCUUCUUGUACCUGUCUGUGGGCUUUGCAACUCUUAAAUGGGAACUCCAACAAGGGGAGUUUGGACGGCGUGGAUACUAGUGGUGGUUCUCUUCACUGCGAGGAAUGGAACGGUGGAUGCUUCUCAUGUGGUGUAUUUUCACCUCCAGUCCCUGCAUGUCCCCGUUGUCAAUUCUUUGUUGAAGACAGGAUAUCACUUCCAGCCUCCCAGAAACUGGAUGAACGAUCCAAAUGGACCCAUGUACUAUAAUGGAGUAUACCACCUGUUCUACCAAUACAAUCCCAAGGGCGCGGUGUGGGGCAACAUCGUGUGGGCGCACUCGAUCUCAACGGACAUGAUCAACUGGAUCCCGCUCGAACCGGCGAUCUACCCGUCCAAGCCAUUCGACAUCAACGGGACCUGGUCGGGCUCGGCGACCAUUCUCCCCGGCAACAAGCCGGCCAUUAUGUACACGGGCAUUGACGGAGCCGGACGCCAGCUCCAAAACGUCGCAUUCCCCAAGGACCUAUCGGAUCCGUACCUCCGGGAAUGGACCAAGCCCGACUACAACCCCGUCAUCUUCCCGUCCGGUGUGAACGCGAGCGCGUUCCGCGACCCCACGACGGCCUGGCUGGGGCCCGACGGGCACUGGAGAGUCACCGUCGGAAGCAAGCGUAGCAAACGGGGGAUGGCGUACUUGUAUAGAAGCAGGGACUUCGUGCGCUGGACCAAGGCCAAGCACCCGCUGCACUCGUCCAACGACACCGGCAUGUGGGAGUGCCCGGACUUCUUCCCCGUCGCGCCGGCCGGCAAGCUCGGCUUGGACACGUCAGCCCUCGGGAAGGGGUUGAAGUAUGUUUUCAAGGUCAGUUUGGACUUGACGAGGUUCGAGUAUUACACGGUGGGAAGGUAUGACCUUGCUCGGGAUAGGUAUGUUCCCGACAAUACCUCGCCCGAUAAUAGCACCGGGCUCAGGUUUGAUUAUGGAAAUUUUUAUGCCUCCAAGACGUUCUUCGAUCCGGCAAAACAGCGGAGGAUCUUGUGGGGGUGGUCGAACGAGUCGGAUAUAGCUCAGAAUGAAACCACUAAAGGCUGGGCUGGGAUUCAGGCGAUUCCGAGGGUUCUUUGGCUUGACAGCAACCAGCGGCAAGUUGUGCAAUGGCCGAUUGAGGAGCUCGAAAGUCUUAGAACGAAGCAAGCUUAUAUCCAUGACAAGUUGGUGAAAAGUAGGCAUUAUUUUGAAGUAAAAGGAAUACAAACUUCACAGGCAGACGUGGAGGUAACUUUUGACGUCUCAAGCCUGGAAAAAGCUGAGAGCUUUAAUCAUACUUGGACUGAUCCACAAAAACUCUGCGGCCUGAAGGACGCAGAGGUCAGGGGUGGAGUUGGCCCCUUCGGCCUCCUGGUUUUGGCUUCUGCAAAGAUGGAGGAGAAAACUGCUGUAUUUUUCAGGGUGUUCAAAGCUCAGAAUAAGCAUGUGGUCCUAAUGUGCCAUGAUCCCAAAAGGUCUUCUUUAGUGCCACGUGUCUACGAACCAACCUUCGCCGGCUUUGUCGAUAUUGAUAUAGCCAAUACUAAGAGAAUCUCUCUAAGGAGCUUGAUUGACAAUUCUGUGGUCGAGAGCUUUGGUGCUGGAGGGAAGACAUGCAUUACGUCCAGAGUUUAUCCUACUUUAGCAGUAGGACCGGAUGCUCAUCUGUUUGUUUUCAACAAUGGAUUGGAGGAUAUAAAAGUUUCGGAGCUGAAAGCAUGGGAGAUCAGGAGGCCUCUCAUGAAUGGAGAUUAGGAGGGUAUUUUGUGCGAAUGCAUAAUCUGUCGUCUAGUAAAUUACGCAAAGCUUUCCUGUAAUGAAACCUGAUUAGAGCUUGAAAAUGGCACCAUUCAUGUUCCUAAAUGGAUAUCAAAUGAAGCAUCAACUUUUUCUUAAGUGAA